UGUCUACGUGAAGAAACAAACCUAUCCGAGACAGGUUUAUCCCAUCUUAAUCAUUCAACUACCACAAUCACAACAAACAACAUUGUCCUUUCCUUCGAUCCUUUCCUUCUCAUUGUGGUUGCUUCACAAUCGUAAAACCUUUCCAAUGGGUCACUCCAACGCAAACAAACUUCUCUAUAUUUUUUUUUGCUCUUACGUUAAUAACACUAUUAAUUGUUAUUGGCGCCUUAUGCCUCUUACCUGUUCUAACAUUGAGGAAUAUUAUUGAGUAAAUUAAAUUGGAUGAAUUGAGUUGGGCUUGGAUGCUCUUGCAGUUGCAGUUGAUCUACUACUAAUUGAUGGGAUUCCACCUAGCCUUGUUUCUCUUUCUGGCAUCUCUUCGUUUGAUUUCAACUCAAGAUAUUGAACAUGGUUCCAUCGAAGUAAACGGAGUUCAAGGAAUUGCUGAAAAUGAUGAUAACUUCAUUUGCGCUACUAUUGAUUGGUGGCCUCAAGAAAAGUGUGACUACAAUUAUUGCCCCUGGGGCUCUUCAUCUGUUCUCAAUUUGGACUUGUCUAAUCCUAUCCUUGCAAAGGUAAUACAAGCUCUCAGGCCUUUGAGGAUAAGAGUUGGAGGUUCAUUGCAAGACCAAGUGCUGUAUGAGGUAGGAAGUUUGAAGUCCCCUUGCCAAAAUUUUCAAAAGAUGAAGGGUGGAUUGUUUGGAUUUUCAAAGGGAUGUUUACACAUGAAAAGGUGGGAUGAGCUGAAUCAUUUUUUCAAAAAUACAGGGGCCAUGGUGACUUUUGGCUUGAAUGCACUCCGUGGGAGGCACCAAAUUAGUCGUAAGGUUUGGGGAGGAGACUGGGACCCUACAAAUGCUUAUGAUUUUAUAAAUUACACUAUUUCAAAAGAAUACGAAAUUGAUUCAUGGGAGUUUGGUAAUGAGUUGAGUGGUCAAGGCAUUGGUGCAAGUGUUGAUGCUGCACAAUACGGGAAAGACUUGAUCAAGCUUAAACAAAAUUUAAACAAACUAUACAAGUACACCAAGUUCAAACCAUCACUUAUAGCACCAGGAGGUUUCUAUCAAAAGGAAUGGUUUGAUAAGCUUCUUGAGGUUUCAGGCACAGGCGUUGUCGAUGUGAUCACUCAUCAUGUAUACAAUUUGGGACCAGGUAAUGAUGCACAUCUUGAAAAUAAGAUUCUAGAUCCAGCGCACUUAAGUAAGGUAGAAUCAAUUUUUAGCAAUCUUUCAGAAACCAUUCAAACACAUGGUCCUUGGUCGGCUGCUUGGGUUGGAGAAGCCGGCGGGGCAUUCAACAGUGGUGGUCGUGAUGUUUCUAACACAUUUGUGGAUAGCUUUUGGUACUUAGAUCAACUUGGAUUAGCAUCCAGAUACAACACUAAGGUCUAUUGCAGGCAGACCUUAAUUGGAGGAAACUAUGGCCUUCUUAAUGUCACCACUUUCACUCCCAAUCCUGACUACUACAGUGCACUUUUGUGGCAUAAACUUAUGGGGAAAGGUGUUCUUGCAGCUUCUAGUGAUGUUUUUUCACCAUUUUUACGAACUUACGCCCAUUGUUCAAAAGGCAGAGAUGGAGUAACAUUACUGCUAAUCAACUUAAGCAAUCAGACUAAGUUCAUACUCAAUGUUCAUGACAGCGUGCAUGUGAGUAAUGGAGAAAAUGAAGAUGCAAAAAGCAACACCCACAUGGAUAAUUCAUUCAUUAAUCAACUCAAGAAGGCAUUUUCUUGGGUUGGAACAAAACUAUCAGAUGUCACAUUCAGGGAGGAGUACCACUUAACACCAGAAGAUAAUGACCUAAAUAGCAAAACCAUGUUGCUGAAUGGUAGUCCGCUAAAGUUAACAGAUGAUGGAGAAAUUCCUAAAUUGGAUCCAGUACUCAAUAAUCAAAAUGCCUUCAGAACAGUUGGGCGUUAUAUGGGAGCAAGGACGAAAAGGGAGGAGAAUCCCCGGGUUUGUGUAGAACAGUGUUUUUCAAUAGAAGCAUGGAAUAAUAUACUCAUACUUAUGAGUAAUAUCUUCUUUGUUUAGAGAAUAUUAUAAAGGGAGGAAAAUGAUUGGUAAGUUUAUUCAAAAUCCUCCAAAGUCCUCCCUUGAUGCAUUUACAGUUCCCACUUAUUGGAGGAUUUUAGCCCAAUGAAGAAAAAUAAAACUCUGCAAGCUAUUAAACAAGGUAGUAAACUACUCUCCCUUCCAAUUCCCAUUCCCCGUCCCUUUAUCGUCAAAGUCAUCUCUUGCCUUUUCCUCCCAAACAAAACCUUAGGAUUUAUCACUACAGGUUUGUUAGUCAUUACUGUGAACGGUUUGAU